AUGUAUGCUUCAGCAGGCAAAACGCUCCGGAGCUCGAAAUUGUGCUCAUGGAGAUAUGGAACCUUCGUUAGACGAUACCGAGUGUUGGCUUUCGAGUCUUCGUGUGAUGAUACAUGUGUAGCUCUUUUGGAAAAAGAAACACCACAAUCGGAGGUGCGAGUGAUUGCAGAAAUCAAAGAGACGCUCAAUUCGGCUAACGCCGGAGGAGUUAUUCCGCUCGAUGCGGUCCAUUUCCAUCAAAAAACCGUUGCAGGCGUGGUGAGGCGUCUUGGCGCAGAACACAAUUUCGGCGCAUCCAAUCCUCCGGACCUAAUAUGUGCCACUCGGGGACCUGGCAUGGUUGGGUGUUUGAGCUCUACUUUGCAAUUUGCAAAGGGCUUGGCUGUGGCUUGGGAUAGGCCGUUGGUGGGGGUACAUCAUAUGUUGGGGCAUCUUCUAGCGGCAACACUCCCUUCCAAAGAUCCCAGUAGAACACAGAACGAAUUCGGCAGGCCCGAGUAUCCAUUUUUGAGUCUUUUGUGCAGCGGCGGACAUACUAUGAUUGUGCUUCUGACGUCUUUGGAGAACCAUGAGGUGAUCAUCAAUACUAUUGACAUCGCGGCGGGAGACGCGCUUGAUAAGAGCGCCCGUUGCUUGGGGUUGACUGGAAACAUGAUUGGGCCAGAACUAGAGCGUCUAGUGGAAGAAAUCGCUCCCGAGAGAAGGGCGCUUUACAAGACAAUAAGGACUGAUGGUAAGAAUAGUCGGUAUCCUAUGAAAUUAACCAAACCCAUGACAUCGCCGAAGCACUUGAGGAUCCCCGAAAAGGUUGAGUUUAGCUUUUCGUCGUUUCCGAGUUGCGUGGACUCGUUUGUUAAGAGCAGAGAGAUGGAUUCAGAUCUCAAAGACUUCACAGCCUACAAGAUCCAGGAAGUACUUUUUGAUCACAUUAUCCAUCGCAUCAACAUAGCUUUCACGAAGUAUGGUGGACCGCAGGGCUCGGGCGGCAAGUUCGAGGGGGUGAAGGACUUUGUAUGCUCUGGCGGUGUGGCUGCCAAUAAGGUUUUACGGCACAAGUUGCAGACAGAGCUCAAGAGUAGCCAGCCAUUGAGAUUCCAUUUUCCAGACUUGGCGCUUUGUACCGACAAUGCUUCCAUGAUAGGAAAUGCCGGGAUCGAGAUCUUUGAGAAGCUUCGGCUCAAGUCUGACUUGGAGAUCUUGGCCAUAAAGAAGUGGCCCAUGAACGACUUGUUGUCUGUCGGGGGGUGGCAGGAUGUCGACGACAAAGAGUAUCGAGAAGUUACCAAGUAUCAGCGGAAGUAG